CUCUCUCUCUCUCUCUUUAUCAUGGCAGAAGACGAAACAAAGGACAGCUCAAGGCCCUCAGACCCAUGGACACACAAGAACCACAAAGGUUGAGAGAGAAGGAAGAAGAAGACAAGGCUCCUCCUCCUCCAUCUUCAUCGGUUUCCCUUUCUGAUGAGUUCUCAUUCGCAACCUCACUCCACCCUCCUCUCAACACAGCACCGAACACCCUUAAGAGCGACAGAAGCACGCUAACUGUGGCACUCGACAUGGCUACGGCCGACGACCUCUUCUUUCAUGGGCACCUCCUUCCCCUCCACCUAGUGGCUCCCCGCCCCUCCGACUUCUCAGCCGAGAGCUUCACCCUUCCCAAACGAAAUUACCAGCGAGAUGAUACCCACAAGAAUUCCGGCGAGAACAAGGAGAGGGUUAAGGCGUCGUCGAUGACCUUGUCUUCCUUCUUUGGUCUCGGGAAGCCACGCAAAGGAGGCGACGAUAGAGAAAGGGAGGAAGACACGAGGAGAAGGAGAAAGCGAGGAUUCGACAUGAGCCGGUUGCUGAAGAAGUACACGAGAGUGAUGGAGCACCUCUUCUUCUCCAAGGGGGAGAAGAAGAAGCGCGACCAGCGUCGGAGUCUGUGCACCUUCUCCGGUCACUCGAACCACAGGGAGAGAGAGUGGUGGAGGAAGAAGGGACAGCUGUCGGCGCCGGCCUCCACGAUGGCGUCUCCCAGGAACAGCGGCCUCCUCUCGGCUUCAGCGAUGGCCUUCUCUUCCCCAAACGACAGUAGCAUGGAGGAGCUUCAGAGUGCAAUCCAGGCAGCCAUUGCGCACUGCAAGAAGUCUGUGGCAAUGGAGGAGGAGAGAUGCAAAUCCUGAUACGAUAAGAAACACCAUCAUAUAUCAUGAUAGGACAAAGAAGAUAUCUUGACAUGAUUAAGGUAGGACCCAAGUGGUACAAAGAUAUAGACAAGAUCCAGCCAAUAUCCAACACACCAUGGACCCAAACCUUUUCCUAGAAAAGUUUCAAAUGCCUUGAAUCAAGAUGUGCUUUGGAAGAAGUAAAACAUUAUGACUCCUCCUUCACUGACAUUUGAUCCAAUCAUCAUUUGCAAAAUUAAGCUUCAUCAAUUGGAUCUAUCAUCCAUAAAAUUUCAUACCUACCUUCAACUGUUUUCCUUGAACCACCACCAACAAUG